AUGGCGAACUCUACCGUGUCCCCACAAAUCCCCCAACAUGUGGCCGCUCUGCUCUCCCAUCUCACCUCGCGCCCAGGAGUGCAAUCCACCUUUAUCCUCUCGCGCAAAGAUGGCUCCAUUAUCCAAAGCACCGGACUCCUAGCCUCCUCCCCCUCCUCCUCUUCUUCGUCCUCUUCUAAACCCACCAGAAAUGCUCCCACAUCUCCAGCUCCCCCGGCACCUGGAACCGAAGAUGCUAUUCCGGACUCCGCUUCCUCCCCUCCUCCUCCUCCUACAGACCUACCCUUACCCGCCGCCCCUAGCACCAGCGCAACACCACCGAAACCGCACCAGCCCUCUCAGGCAGAGGCACUAGCGGCGCAGGUCUUCGCGUUCGUCAGCAGCGCGUCGACCCUCAGCUUUUCACUAUCGCAUCCGCUGGGGGAACAUCCGACCCCGAAGCGCAGGGAUUCAAGCAGCGUCCCGGACAGUGCAGCGCCGGGGGGGGGGACUACUCCUCCUCCUCCAUUAGGCCGCGAAGACGGGGACGGCGAUGGAUCGGAACGGGAGGAUGACGACGAGGUCAAGCUUCUCCGAUUGAGGACGAAGAAGCAUGAGAUUGUGGUGGUUCCGGACCGGAAGUAUUUGCUUUGUGUGGUGCAUGAUGCGACGCAUCCGACGGCGGGGAAUGUCGUCGUAGGGGCGGGCGGAGGACGGUUGUCGCGAUGA